UUCCAUCAACUGUCUAGGCAGAUAUGUCACUGCUGUCCACCGGGUCUCCUACGACCGGCCGCAGGCUCUCCGAGGCCAAGUUAUUCUCCAAUGACGGACAAGCAUCAUCUUUUGGACGCGAAGCAUCCAACCACAAGCAUAGGAACGCUUCUAACACCCCCCCCGAUCCUCUGAUAUCAUCCAAGCUUGGAAAUUUUCAACCCUCGGUUGGUGAAUUCAAUGAUAUUCUGUCGAACAAGGUCAGGUUUCUUCCAAGGAAAAGAAAUCAACUCUAUGAAGGUCAAAAUGUCUCACAAUCCCAGAAGCAGAAGUUGGAGCAUCCAAAAUCCAUCUCUCCAGUUGACAACUCCGAGAUGGGAAAGCUACUGGCUAGGCUCUCCCCAAAGCCCCAACCAUCAGGUAUCAAGCUCUCCACAAACCAAGGAAUCCUUACAAGGAUAUCUGAGCAGCAAAGUUUGCUUGAUCGGCAGAGGCGUACUCUUUAUAGCAGCUAUGAGGGCUUAGAGGGACAUGAUGGAACCAACAAAUCUUCUGAAAUUCUGCCGCUUACUUCAACCUCGGGACCAGUCCAGUCUCUUGCCCAAGAUCUAGCCUUACCGGAUGCUACAAACACCGACACAUCCGAAGUUCUUCGCUUAAAGCAGGAACUACUUGCUGCCAAUUCAAGAAUUGCACUUCAAGAACAAGAGCUUGCACAGACUCGUGUAAUCAAACACACACUGGAUCAGGCCCUUGGUCCUCCUUCUGAAGUUGACUUUAAUGGCCGGGAGGUCACGGAGCAGACGAUCAGUGAUUUACAAGAUGUCUUCAACGCUUCGAAUCCAACUUUCAGUCAGCUUCAGGACGGAUGGAGUGUCCCAGAUGACUCUCAGUCAGACAUUUCCGACGCGCUUUCUACGGGAGCAUACAACCGGCCGCAAGGUUUCUGGAUCCCCCCAGGUCAGCAGAGGUUUAACAUGAAUAUGCCUAACCCAGUUAUUGAUAAAUCUUACGGCGAGCCAAUAUCAAUGCCUAACAAUUUUUUUAGUCAAAAUUUGAGCAGGCCUUGGGGUAAUCUACUUCCCGAUAUUGGUGUCUCUGGGAUCAUUUCGUCUAAGCCUCAUCGUGUGUUCUCUGGGCCGUCCACUGGAGCUUGCAGUUUCGACUCACGCCUUGCCAGUGAGCAAAGUAGGUAUACUUCAGGCUCAGGUCGCCUUAUCAUCAAAAACCAGUUGGGACCCGCCUCUCUCCCACAGCCUCUGAGUUUACUUCUUCCGGCACAACUGCGCCAUCCUGGACAUCUUCAGCCGCUCCUUGACAAAAAUGUCUCUUGUGAUUGGAGAUAUAUUGUUGAUAAAAUUGUUUGCAAUAACGAUCAACAGGCUUCUAUCUUCCUACAGCAGAAACUCAAAGUUGGGACAGCUGAGCAAAAGUAUGAAAUUAUAAAGGCCAUAGUGCAUCAAGCAUAUCCCCUAAUGAUUAAUCGUUUUGGCAACUUUCUUGUGCAGCGCUGUUUUGAGCAUGGCACAUCUGAACAAAUAGUUGCUAUUGCAAAUGCAAUAAAAGGUAACACAUUGAGCCUUAGCAUGGAUCCCUUUGGCUGCCAUGUAAUCCAAAAGGCAUUCGACUGUGUCCCUGAAGAUCAUAAAGCUGUUAUGGUCCAUGAGCUUUUACGCAAAAUUCCAGAAACAGUGAUCCACCGUUAUGCUUGUCAUGUCUGGCAGAAACUCUUCGAGUUACGAUGGAGUGGUGAGCCUCCGCAGAUUAUGGCUAAGGUUAACGAAGCAUUGCGCGGAAUGUGGCAUGAAGUCGCUUUAGGGGAGACGGGAAGCUUGGUUGUACAGAACAUAUUUGAGAAUUGUGUAGAGGAUGAAAAGCGCCCGGCCAUAGAAGAAGUGCUGACCAAGAUCGACCUACUUGCUCACGGCCAGUUUGGGAACUGGUGCAUUCAACACAUUUGCGAGCAUGGCGCACCCCAUGACAAGAAUCGUGCGAUUGAGCAUAUCCUCCUGUGGUCUGUUGACUACAGCAUGGAUCAAUUUGCUUCUAAAAUAGUGGAAAAAUGCUUAAAGAUCGGUGGUUCUGAGUUCCUAGACCGCUACCUUACUCGAGUAUGUACAGGUCGUACUGAUCGGCCGAGAAUGCCAUUGAUUGACAUUGCUGGGGAUCAGUAUGGGAACUACCUCAUACAAUGGAUCCUUAUGAACGCCGCGCUUCAUCAGCGUGAGCUAGUUGCGAGUCAUAUCAGGAAACAUAUGGUUUCUUUGCGCGGGUCUAAAUUUGGUUCUCGCGUGGCCAUGCUCUGCUGCAACCCGUCUCAUAUUACACGCCCUGGACCAGGUGCCAAAUAUCAGGCCAAAAUGGAGGCCGAUUUAGUCGCGGAAGCCAAUGGAACCCAAACUACCCACCAUUCCGCUAAGAUCGACAGCAAAAACCUCUGCAAGCAAUGGGUUCAAUUGCCCGUAACUUAA